AUGAAGACGCUGAGCUGCUCUAUCCAGAUGUGCCCCAUGCUCAAAGUGAGUAGAUCAACGCUGUGGAUGCAGGAGCAGAUGGCUGAUGAAGCUGCAGUAGAGGAAGAUGAUACCAAGGAUGGCGCAGCUGAUGAGGUUGGAGUAGAUGUUAAAGAGCUAGCAGCUGGGGCUAUUGAGCAGAUGGCGGCGGUUGAGCAGACUGGGGCCGUGGUCGGCGCAGUUGAUCAGGAGGCAACUGAGGAGGUAGUUGGCCAAGGGUCACCUGCCGGAGUCCUCUAG